AAUGAUUUUUACUGGUACGCAGUUAUCAUUUGGCGCCUUCAUGUUGAAAGACGACAGUGUAAAGAGAAACCAAGUGGUUAGCGUUGCAGUUUGUCGAUUUGUGUGUUAAUUCUAUUGACUAAAAAAUUUCAACUUUUGUUUAAAAAAAUGGCUGGCGGUAAGGCAGGCAAAGAUUCUGGAAAAGCUAAGGCGAAAGCUGUAUCGCGUUCAGCUCGAGCAGGACUACAGUUUCCUGUUGGCAGAAUUCAUAGACAUUUGAAAAAUCGUACGACGAGUCAUGGACGUGUAGGAGCUACAGCUGCAGUAUACUCUGCUGCUAUUUUAGAAUAUCUUACUGCUGAGGUGUUGGAAUUAGCUGGAAAUGCCAGUAAGGAUUUGAAAGUAAAGAGGAUCACCCCAAGACAUCUGCAAUUAGCCAUUAGAGGAGAUGAAGAAUUGGACAGUUUGAUCAAAGCCACCAUUGCCGGUGGUGGUGUCAUCCCGCAUAUCCACAAGUCCCUUAUUGGAAAGAAAGGUGCUCAUUCUCAACCAGCUUAAGUGUUCAUGUGUCUCCAUAAUUAAAACUAUAGACAUUUGGCAAGUGCGCCAAUGAUGUGUUUUAAUAUUGUUGGGCACAUAAUCAACUGUAAAUGUGUUAAGAAUUCAUCUAGUUGGUCUGAAUUUUUAUUACUAAAGUUUCGAUAGUUUUCAUUUAUGAAUGAAUAGAAUAAAUUUGUUUUAAUGUGCCUUGAGAUACGAUUUUUUUCACAGAUUUAAUAUUUUAAUGUAUUAUUAUUGCUCUAUAACUUGACGACACUGAAUGUGAAUGUUGUCUAUGUUUGUGUUCAUUUCUUAAUAAAGUACUUUUCAUAAGA